ACAAGAUAAAGUUCGACAAAGCUACCAAUGAAACUAAAAUCAUCAAAAGUUUACCCCUGUCGUCGUGGUUGCCUUAUGACCCGCAGGACCACUACCUCAUCAGCUACCUGUGGCUGACAUUCGACGGGAUGGUGGGAGCUUUUUACAUGAUGUACACCGACGCCUAUAAUUUCAAUUUGAUAAUAUUUCCUCUUGGCCAGAUCAGAAUAUUGACUCACGUGUUGUCUAACUUCCCCAGAUACGUGUUGAAAGUCAAGGAUCAGCUCCAGUGCAGCAGGGACGAAGCCAGCUUCGUUACUUUGAGGGAAUGCAUUUUGAAGCACAAAGGAAUUAUAAGGUACUUGGAAGAGUAUAACGACACCAUGAAAAAUAUAAUGCUGUUGGACUUCCUACAAAGCUCUCUGCAGUUGGCCUCGAUUAUGAUACAGUUCGUUCUGACAAAAGCAACAGUUUUCAAUAUCAUAUUUCAUGCAGAAUUUGUGUUCUCUAUGCUGUUAAGGUUGCUAGUAUAUUACUGGUAUGCCAAUGAAAUCAUGCUGGAGAGUAUCAACGUGUCUACAGCCAUUUACGAGUGUGGUUGGUACGAUGAACCCAAAAAAGUAAAACAAAUGAUGCUGCUUAUGAUUCAGAGGGCUAAUAAAGUGCUGAAGUUGGAUAUAGGUCCCUUCACCACGAUGACUUUGGGAACAUUUCUAAGUAUACUAAAGGCCUCUUAUUCUUACUUGACGGUUAUGUAUAGAUAAGUCAAAAGAAAAAACAUUUA